AUGCGAAACGAGCUGGAUAGGGUUACCAUCGUCAGCGACGACUGUUGUUUCGGCAAUGAGUACCGAUUCCCUCGCGCCGUCGAAACGGCGUACCGGCGGCGCGGCGGUGACCGUUACAACCUGGAGUCGCUGCUGCUGUUCGUGCAGUGCAAGGCGGUCAAGCACACGGAGUAUAUGCAGCGAGCGCGCGCGCAAACCCUGCAGAUCGUCACCUUCACGGAUCGCAAGCCGCUCCUGGUGUGCCUGCCUCGUCCUUCCCUUCUCUCCCUCGCGGAGUAUCUAGAAGGCCAUCUGCAGACCACGGACGCCAUCGAUCUCAUCGCGCCUAUCGGCCUUCCCCCCUCCGCUCCGCCUUCCGCCGCGCCCCCCGCGUCCAUCCCCUCUUCCGGAGCCGCCACGUCAGCAGCUCCCGGUGGUUUAGGGCAAGGCGCGCAUGGCUCCACGUCAGCAGCGGUAGAUGGUGCCACGGGGCCAGGAGGUUUGGGAGCAGCCGAGGCUGGGGAUCAGGCUCGGAAGAGGAGCAGAUGGGAUACGGACAAAAGGGCCAGCGGGGCUGGGGGAGACGCGGGAGCAGCAGGCGCAGACGGCGGGGGAGCGGGGGGAUAUGACGUGUACGGCAAGAGGCAGAGGGGAGAAGGAUCGCAGGCAGGCCUAGGCACGGGAAGAGGCAUAGCCUAUCACUCAGAAGCUGUCCCUGGGAUGGCCGCUGCAGGACUGACUGUAGGAGGGCUGGGACUGGGAGGCGGGGGGAUGAGCGAGGAGGAGGAGAGGGAGGCGAUCAGAGAGCUGAUCAAGCGAGAGAGGCCGGUGAGGGACCGGGAGACGGUGCUGCUGUGCCCUCGCAAGAAGGACGCGUUUGCGUCGGUGCUGGCCAUGCUGAACCGCCGCGAGCACGAGCGGAAGAAGCUGGACGUGGCGCAUAGGGAGGCCUCCAAACGCGGCCACCCGCCCGCCCCCUCCUCCGCCCGCCCCUCCAGGGACGCGCGGGGAGGAGGCGCGGGCGCUGGUGCUGCUGGUGGCGGGGGCGGGGGAGGGGGAGGGGGGCGGCAGGACGAGAGGCAGGUGUGGCGGGACUACAUGGGGACUGAUGCACUGGAGGAGCUGGGAAUCAACCCCACCCAGUCCUCGUACGUUCAGCCCGGCAGAGGGGGAAGUGGUGGUGCUGCUGGUAGCGGUGCUGCUGGUGGUGGUGGCAGUGGGUCAGGUGCUCUAGUUGUCGCCUCCCAGGGGAAGCCAGAGGGGCAGCACAGCCGAUCUCAGCCGUCCAACCCGCCUCCAUCCUCCCGCCACGCGCGCCCUCAUGGCAACCCGGCCCACCAAUCCCAACACAAACAGCACGGCAGCUCUGGCGGCGGCAGCGGCAGUGGCAGCGCAGCAGCAGCGGCAGGAGGGAGCCUGGUGCCGAUCAUCCUAGUGCCCAGCGCAGCUCAGACGCUGAUAAACAUUUUCAACGUGAAAGAUUUUCUCGAGGACGGAGCGUACGUGCCUGCGGAGGAGAAGGCGAAAGCAGCGGGGGGGAAGCGGCCCGAGAUGGUGGCGGUGCAGCGGCGGAUGGGGCGGGACAAGGCGGUGGUAUACCACGUGAGGGACCGGCCCGAGGGGCUGUCGAAACGGGUGCGUAAUUCCGCUCAGUGCUCUGCGUGUUCUGCUUGUGACGGUAAUUAUUGGUUAGAGCGUACAUGUGCAUGGGUGUUGGAUUUCUCCAAAGCUCGGUUGUUGGUCAACCCCCUUGCCUCGGCUCGGCCUUCUCACAGCGUGCCAUGCAGUGCUGCUGGCUGUGCCACUGUCAUUCAUCUUCCUGCCCGCAUGUGCACCAUGGCCUGCCCCCUUGUCCCGCAUGCCCCACCUGAGCAGGACUGGGACCGGGACUGGGACCGAGUGGCAGCGGUGUUUGUGCUGGGCAAGGAGUGGCAGUUCAAGGGGUGGCCCUUCAAGGACCAUGUCGACAUCCUCUCCAAAGUGAUGGGGGUGUUUGUGCGCUUUGAGGACGACAGUGUGGAGUCAGCAGCCACAGUGAAGAAUUGGAACUGCAGCAUCCUCGCUCACACCUCUCUUUCUCUGCACAUACUCUGCUCCUUACCCUCCUCCUUUCCCCCCACUCCACCCCACCCCAAUCUCCCCUCUCUCCUCCACUCCUCUCCACCCCUCCACACCUCCCAGAUUAGCAAGUACAAGCGGCAUCAGGAUCGCACAGCAGCGCUCACCUUCUGGGACAGGCUCGACAAGUUUCUGGCCGCCCGCAAGUCCGUGCUCGCCUACUAG